UUAGAUUGAGAUUUCUUAAAAACUACACGUUCAAAUAUUGAUAAAAAUAUGAGAACUUAAAAUGACAACUCAAAUGUUGCCAUUUGAAAUCCAUCGUUUGAAAUGAAAUGUACGUUUCCAAAUAGCUUCUAAAUUUAUUUUGUCCUGCAAGACUUUUACCGUUACUGAACCAAAGCUUUUCCACUGUAAAAUCUAGUACUUCAUAGAAUACAGAUAUGUACAGAAAACGGAUGCAUUUCAUCCAAAUGGUGAGUCUGCAUGUAGAUUUUGCCAUAUCGAUGGACUCAUCUGCUAAACUCUCUACACGUAUCCACCAUACACUAAUCCAUCUGUCCUCUUGGCCUUUCAACAUGCCUCUCUCUCAUUGGCCCCCCUGUCUCUUAUAUACACUCACCCCCUCUUGUGCAAACCUAAGCCCCUCUGCAGCUUCAUCCUCCAUCUCUCUCCCUCCCCCCCCCUCUCUCCCCCAUAUCUCUCCCACAAGAUGAUGCAGACCAUAGACUCUAACAAAACAGCGCAGAUUCUGGCCAGGUACAGGCCUAUUGCACCGAAACCACCUGAUCAUGAAACCAAUAUUAGUACUAAUUCCUCUCCCAACUCAGAUUCAUCAUGCAUGCCUCUAAACAUCAGGGACUCUGCUUAUCUCAGAACCGUCUGGCCUCAGCUGCAAUCCAGGUCUACUCGAGGCCGAAAGCGCGGUAGGACUUCGGUCCCCCCUCCUCUCCCAUGCAAGAGAUCAAAGCCUGCUCAUCUCCCCUCUCCAAUUCCAAAUCAAAUUCCAAAUCAAAUGAUCAUUCCUGUAGAGAAAAAUCUUGUCAAGCAUCUUGAAUUACACCAAUCUCCCAAUCUCUUCACCCCGAAGCCUAUUCGCCUCGUUUCCUCAUCAAUCCUAAUCCAGCCAAACUCCACCCUCUUAAGCCCUGCACUCACUAAUCCGGGUCAUUCUACAGCCGAUGAAAUCGAGAAAGGAAUAGAAUCCCAAACCCUACCUGUACUAAUCUCUGACUCAAAAAACCAAGUCAGGCUCGCCAAUUCGGCUUAUAAGCGCUUAAUAGGACAGCCAGAGUGCAACUGGCUCGAAUCAAUCACUGCAUGCAACAGAAUUUGCGGUGAAGUAACCCUAAAGAUCCCUGAAUCUGUGGUUUCUGAGCUUGCUUCAUCAUCCAAAGGGGUGAAUUUUUGCUUGGUGGUUAUAGAGUGGGGGAACAGUGAGUACAAAAGCUCCAUCACUACUUCAGGGGAGGCUGUGAGGCUGAGGUGUGAAUCGAGGGAUUAUGUGUUUGCAUGGAGGUUUCAUACACAAGGGGCUCUGGUUCCUGCUGCGAAUUUUUGAGUUUUUAUACAUGAUUAUAUAAGGGUGUGCUUGGGGGCUUGAUUCCGAUAAGCCCCGAAACGAAAAAACAGGAAAAAAGGCGUCCGCUAAAAUGAAGUGAGAUGUGUUGAUGAUGUGUUCUGGACUAGACAUUUGUGUAAUGUGUCUGUCUAAGGUGUGAGUAACUUAUAUAUGUGAUCGAUGCUAUAGUGUCUAAUAAAAAUCCUAAAAUGUUUCAUUGCGAAAUUUAUUCUUUUAACGAAAAACAAAGAAUUGUUCAAAUACUGAUAUCCAGCCUAAUUAUAAUCUGAUUGUGAAAUAGAAAUGAGCUAAACUAAUAUUGACUUAACAUAUUGAAUAUUAAAUUCUUAAAUCUAAUUGAAAAAUAUUAGUAGAAUGAUACACAUAAGAAUUAUUUAUAGCCCAAUGUUCAUAACUAUUAAUACAUAAACUAAUAUUGGAGCAACAAUUAUUCCAAAAUAUGAAGACUUUGUUAUUGUGUAAGAUGAGUAUUGUGAUAUUAAUUAUUGUGUCAUAUUUGAUGUCAGCUUUGGUAAUCGUCCAAAAUUAGUAAAAUAUAAAUUCUUCUUAAAAAAAUUAAUGCAGUGAAGAAGAUGAGGAAUAACGGAGAAUUGGUCGCUGGAGUUCUAACUUUGAAAAUCUAACUCUCAAAACUGCAAACCAUAAUUUUUGACCACACAUAUUGGUUCGUACAAUGAUAUGUACUUACACUACACCAUAUAUGGUCUAUCCCAACACCCCAAAUUAGUUGCUAAAACUGCAAUUUAUGUUGCCAUUGGAUUUUGGGCAACGUUUUUUCCAAAUUUGAAGGUGUUAGGACUAUUUAAAUUUUGUGUCCAAGAUUGACAGUCAAAAUUAUUCAUAUGUAUUUAUUAUCUUAAUAUAAAAUGUCCAAUUUUGACAUUUCAUUUGUACUCUUUAUGUCCAAGUUUGACAUAUGAAUUGAAAAUUCAAAUCGAUAUGCUGCUUUCGAUUCUAUGAAAUCUGUUCGAAAGAUAUUGAAUUCGAUUUAUACAAAUGAAUUCUCGAUUCUUUUAUAAUUUAAAGGUUUAAAAGAAUAUCUUUGAAUUACAAGUUCUUCGACUAAACACCAAUAUUAGUCCCAAUGUGAUACUACUUUUCGAAAUAAAAAGAAAAGUGAAAGGAAAACUGUAGCCUUUCAUCUCGAUUAUUCAAAAGAAUUCAAAAAUCGAUUCCUCCUCCUUGACUCAAAGAAAGUCAAAAUUAUAUGAUUUUUGAGACAAAAAGAAAAGUUAAUACUCAUUUUCCAAUAUAAAAUGAAGUCAAGAAGCUAAAAGAAUAUGAAAUCCACCCAAAAGCUUCGACCCGAUAAAUUAGUUCAAAACGAACUAUUUCGAGCACAUUGCACAACUAGCUACUAUAUUUCAAAAAUGCAAAUGACUUGUAAAUAAAAAGGACAAUAAAAUCCUCAUACUUCUUCUCUAUUUUAAAAGGAUACACUAUCUAUAUAUAUUCUCAAAAAGAGAAUGCUAGUGCAAAAUUAAGGGGAAGCUAACCUCUUUUAAAUUAUUUUUGGUUUUUAUCAACCAAAAGGGGAAGAAGACGUGCAAGUACAGUACCAUUUUCUUUUGAGUACCAUUUUCUUUUGCACGAUCCAAAAUUAAAAUUUUAGUAUAAAAAAAAAAGGAAAGAAGACGUGCAUAUAAAGUUUUUUAAAAUGCACAAUCCAAUACAAAAAUGUGAGAACAUCAAAUCUUUCAAAAACUCUACUAAUCAUUUUUUUUUCAGGAAAUAAUCAAAGGACUUCUCGAUACGCUUAUUGCGAGGAUUACAAGUAUACUUCCUAAACUCUUUAUAUGUUAUGUGAAAAAUAUUUUUUUCAUAAAUUCAUGCAUACAUCAAGGGGAAGCACACACUUGUAAAAUUUAAAUUUUAGGUUUGUUUGAUAAAUACCAAAAAGGGGAAGAUUGAAAGGAUAUCUUCGAUAUUGAUUUAUUUUGGUAUUUAUUAAAUAAACGUAAAAUUUAAAUCACCUAGAUCCUCCCAAUAGGACAUUUAAUUUAAAUGAUUAUUUCUAAGUGAAAGGUUAAUUUUAGCAAGAGAUUUGAAAAAUGAUUUCCGUGUCAAAAUUUUUAAGAUUUUCUGUGCAAUAUCCAUGCUGAGGAAUAUCGCCAUUCUACGAUUUUCUCUCUCUUACUAUUGCAAAAUCAAAUUGACAUGAAGAUGGAAAAAGGAUUUUCACAAGUUGAUAUUCUUUAAAAGCUUCAUGUAACAUUAUUUUCAAAAUCUAGUAUUUAAAGUGAUUUAUUCCCUAUUUUAUCAAUUUCUUAUUUUAAGGGAUAAAUUAACUUUAAUUACUCAAAAAUAAAUCUUCCUUUCCAAAAAUCAUUUUUUUAUCCAAAAGAAAGAUUUACCCUCUCAUCUUAUUAAUAUUUGGCCUUACAAAUAUUAAUAUCCGUUUUUGCAACCUUGUGAAAUAUUUUCUCUUUGGUCUCUCAAAUUACCUAUUUUUCGGAGAAAAAUAUUUUAAUACUUAGAAUGCUUUCCAAAAUUAUCAAAAUCAUGAUUUAUCAUGAAUCUUAAUAUUCUAAGUAUUUUGGUUUCACAAAUUAGUCAAGGGUCUACUCGUUUUGACCAAAUACUAAUUUUUCCGGUUUUCAUAUAUUUCCUUAUUUUUCGAAGGAAAUUAAUUUAAAUACUCAAAUAUACUUCCCAACACUCCAAACUAUUUUAUCUUUAAGGGAAUAUAUUUAUAGUAUUUAUUCAAGUCAAAACUUUUGUCAAAAUCCGUUUACAAAUUGUCAAAAGAAUUUUCGUAUUUUAUUGUAUUCCUAAAAGCGGUUUUUAUCGUUUUAAUUCCGGAUAAAAUACUUCUACUUGCUAGAAUGACUUGAAACUUUGGGGAUGUCAUUUUUAUAUGUAUAGGCAUGUUAGGUAAAAGUUUUGUAAUUUUUCGAAAACUUUCGUUUCGUAGCGUUUUUC